AUGGCGGCAUCUAAUCCCCUGAUCUCCCUUAAAUCGUCCGAUUCGGGCUUUCAAGUCCUCCUCCAUCCACUCGUGCUCCUCAAUAUCUCCGAUCAUAUCACCCGGCAUAUUGCAAGACAUCAAGAAGGGCCAAUUGUAGGAGCGCUUAUGGGGCAGCUAAAGGGCCGAACUAUCAGUCUCGAACAUGUUUUUGAGUGCAAUGUGGUAACUUCCGCAAAUGGAGAUAUUACGCUACAUGAGGCCUGGUUUGAAGAGAGACUACAACAAUUUAGAGGUGUGCAUAAGGAUCCUCCAUUGGACCUUGUUGGAUGGUUCACAUUGACCCAACCCACCGGACCAAGCUCAGCACUACUACCUGUUCAUCAGCAUAUCCUCGAGAAAUAUAACGAAACAGCAGUUCUGCUUGCAUUUGAUGCUUUAGGACUUGAAAGUAGCGCCUCUCGCACUACAGGUAAACUUCCACUUGCAAUCUACGAGUCGACAUAUGAAGAAGAAAAUGUUGGUGAUGGCGAUAAGGUGAUGCAGGUGGACGGACAGCAACCUAGCUUGACACUGAAGUUCCGCGAGCUGCCGUAUUCAAUAGAAACAGGGGAGGCGGAAAUGAUCAGCGUGGACUUUGUUGCAAGAGGAGGAGGCAAUGCUACUGCUAUCGAGGCGAAAGAUGCAAGUUCGACUUUAACGGACAAGGAGAAGCAGAAACUCCCAGCUGGUGAGGGUGGGAAAGAUGGGAAAACUACAAAGCCAGGCGCAGGAAAGAAACCUGACACGGAUGAAUUUUCCUCACUCUCCAAGGAAGAUGAAGAUAUAAUUGCCAAUCUCAACACCCGCCUCACCGCCAUCAAAACCCUUGAAUCACGCCUCCGCCUCAUAGAAGCAUACCUCUCCCGUAUACCUUCUAAAAAUAACGGCAAUAAAACAGAGUCUAUCUCUAACUCUUCCCCCCGGGUCCAUCACCCCCUCCUGCGGUCGAUCCACUCCUUGAUCUCCCACCUAUCGCUCCUAACUCCGCAGGAAUCAGACAAAUUCUCCAUUGAAUCUCUUGCGCAAGCUAAUGACGUUGCAUUGGUCGCAUUGCUCGGGCAGCUCGGACAGAGCGUGCAAGGGAUGCGUGAGCUAGGCAAGAAAUUUGCAGUUGUUGAUACAGCGCGACAAUAUUCUGAGGCAAAGAGGCCAGUCACUGGCGUACAAAGAAUUGAUGAGGAGUUGUUCCUUCGUCAGUCGACCGGUGGAGGAGGGAUUGGUGGAGGUUCAACAUGGGAUUGA